CGUUUAGCGUCCUCUGUGUGGACGGUUGCUAGCUAAUGUUAAGGCUGUUGUUUUUACCAUAAGCGUCAUUAUAUCGAAAAAAUAAUUACCAAUAUACAUUUUAAGCAUAAAUAAAAUAUUUAAUGAAACUUCUAAUGCGGAUUCUUACCAAGAAAAGAUGGUCAAACGAGACUGUUACCUGUUUUUUGUAAGUGCAAAGGAAUUUCAAACUGAGCCCCAAAUGACGGCCGGUAUUUUGACAGCUGUGGUCCACGGAUGAGUUCAACUAAGACAGCCAAGAUGGGAGACAUCUUGGCAACUGAAGCCGAUCUCCUUGGGAUGAUUAAAGAGUACCUGAAGUUUGGGGAAUUUGAAGAAACGGUUCAAAUUUUUGACAAAGAAUGUAAAAGCAAAGGCAAACUUGUCUCCAAGCCUCGAGGAAACGCUCUCAGAGACUCAAAGACUCGUGUCAUUCAGGAAGACCUUCUUAGCUCUUUUGACGAUGGAGACCACAAAGUUUUCUUUGAGCUGUGGAAAGAGAAUAUUCCUUCUGAGGUGAAAGAUUUAGAUGCUGAGACCCAGGGCUUGGAGUUCUACCUUCAUGUCCACUUCACCAUUUUCCCACUGAGGAGCCAUCCAGUUAGACAAGACCGUACGGAAUUUGAAGAGCGGAUUUCCCACUUCAAACAAUAUCUUGAAACUCGGGGAGCAGAGUUGAGCCAAAACGCAGAGUUUUUGCCCUACUAUGCUUUGCCUUUUGUUCCCUUCCCUGCUGUUCACCCUUCCUUCAAAGAUCUCUUUAAGGAUACCUGGAUUCAGCAGUUGAAGGGAAGACUGGACAAAUUCCUGACAAUGACACUAAAACCCUCCAAGACUCCAAGGCUGAUGACUUUAUAUAAAGAGGGCGGCAAAGUUACUAAAGACAUUAUACAGCAGCUACAGCUUCAGCUUGCUGAGUCGGACCGUCGCCUUUCCAGUUGCUUAAGGAAGUUUAACAAGAUGCAGGCAGACUACCACAAUCUGAUCGGAAUCACCGCCGAGCUGGUUGAUUCUUUGGAAGCCACAAUCAGUGGGAAAAUGAUCUCGCCUGAGUAUCUCCAGAGUGUGUAUGCUCGCCUUUUCAACAAUCAGAUGAGGCAGAGUAGUGAUUUCACAAGGCCUGGCACAGGAUAUUACUCUAUGAGUCCAUAUGAUGAUGGCUAUGCCUCUUCUAUGCUGCGGGCAUCCAUUGCACCUCCGAGACCAAAGGAAGUGCCAAUAUUGCCUUCUUUAGACUACGAGAAGCUAAAGAAAGACUUGAUUGAAGGUUCAGACAGACUGAAGACCCUCUUGCUUCAAGCACUGCGAUGGCGACUGACUCGCUCUCUGCCUGGUGAGCAAAGAGAAACGGUGCUGCAGGCCUACAUCGGCAAUGACCUGCUGGGACGCUACAGUACGCAGCAGAAAACUGUACUUCUUUUAUUGAGAUCACCAAACGAGAUUGUCCGUCAGUACAUGGCUCGACUCAUCAACGCAUUCGCUUCCCUUGUAGAGGGGCGCAUUUACCUCUCCCACAUCCCCGUUCUACUGAAAAUUCUGAUGGAAACCCUGAGGAAGGAGGAAAAAGAUUCCCUAACUUGGGAAAAUGUGCUGGUGUGCCUUCAAAAACUUAGCCUCAGACGAAGCCAGCAGACAAUCAUGAUAGCAGAUGAUCUGAUUGGCUGGCUUACAGAUGAGCUGCAGGACUCAGACUGCCUCAGCGACUACACCCUGGUCUACUCUGCAGCCCUGCUGAUGAACUUGUGUCUGCGAACAAAAGGAAAAAAGAAGUGUGCAGAGAACGCAAAACUUGUGCUAAAAGUUCUGACAGAUCUCCUCGGACAUGAGAACCACGAGAUUCGACCAUAUGUAAACGGAGCCCUGUACAGCAUCUUAUCUAUUCCCUCUGUGCGACAGGAAGCCAAAGAGAUGAGCGUUGAAGAGAUUCUUCAUUGCUACAACAAAGAGAAGAACCAAGACUUUAACAGGCAAAUAGAGUUCAUCAUUAAACAGCUGAACUCAGCUGAGGAAGAGGGGCCGGAGUCAGACGACGAAGAUGAAGAGGAUGACAAAGACGAAGAUUUACUGGAGACAGAUCUUUACAGGGAGGAACUCCUUCAACCAGAGCACGGAGAACUGUCUGGAGAGAGUUUGUUGACCACAGAGUACCUGGGAAUUAUGACUAACAUGGCAAAAGCAAAAAGGAGAUCAACGCCUUUACCGCAGUCUAAUGGCGAUGGGCCUCUUCAGCGCCCUGUGACACCAAGUUCUCACCGUGAUCUAACCACAGGUGACUUUCGAGCCAUCAAUCAAGGACCUGAACUUAUCCAGGAAGUUCCCCAGAAGAGCGUGGAGAGGAGCUUUCCUCUAUCCCAAUACAAUUCACGGCCUCCAACUCGCUCUGGCAGUCGCCCAAGCACUGACAGCUCCUUACGUCACAGCAUUGAUUCAGAAAGUGGCCAAUUCUUCCAAGCUGCAGAGGGAGAUGGGAGUCAUGAACACCGAGUCGUGAAAGAAUAUUCCCAUGCAGAACACAAUGGACACGGAAGUGGUGGUUACACGACUGCAUUCACAAGCAAGCCCAAAAUUCCACGUACACCUGACACCCUGAUCAGCCCGAGCAGUGCUCAGCAUGAUCGGCGUCUGGCCCUGCAACCCAAGUUUUCACAAUCAGGACCCCAGCAGAGCAACAGACCCAGCUCUGCCAGUUUUGCAGGUAGAGGGGGAAAUUAAGACAGGAGAUGAAGAGGGAGCUGUCACCAUGGGGUUGCACUAUCUCCCCAGGAUCACCGGGCUUCCUGUAACAUCAUCCCCCAGGUUAUGAUCGGGGUCAAGGCUGCAGAUUGUUAAUGAUCAGCAGUGGCAGCAAGAGGAGGACGAGGACUGGGUUGAACAAUGUGUAGGAUUGUGGGUCUGCAUUUUUCCCUCUUUGGCCUCAACACGGUCUACUUUGUAACAUAAUAGGAAGGCAGGUAAUAAUCACCUCCCCCAGUCAGGCAGACUUGUGCACCUCGAAGCAUUUGCAUUUUCCCAUAAGGUGGAACAGGAAACACUUACAUUUUACAAAAUGUAUGUCCAACAGAAUAAAAGUUGUGUUACAACUAAACUGAAGGAAAAUUAUAUAAUUUAUUGCCAUGUAAGAGAAGUUUGCCUUGAUGAAGCUCUUCGUGUUUUCUUAAGCUUGCAUAAAAUAUGUGCACAGAUCUGCUUCUCUUUGUAACUACAUUUGAACUCAGCCAGUAUGAGUUUAAAAGGUAAAUAUGGUUUAAUGUAAACAUAUGGCGUUAUUUAUUGUACAGUUUAGAUUAACUUACAUUUUGACAAAAACCAGUCACAUUUCUAUCAUUACCCUCCAAAAAAAAGUGUUAUAUUUUCAUUUGUAUUGUUUUAUGUGGGAAAUGUCUGUUUGUGAUGAUAAACAAUUAUACCAGUUCUAAAAUAAUGCUUUAUUUACCUGACACAGCUUAUAUGAGAGGUAGUUGAUAAAAAGAUGUUCUGGUCAGAUAAGAGAUUUUAAAUAGUUUCACCACGAAAGGAAAAAGAAGGAGAUAUUGUUAAUUUAACUUUUUGUACUGUUCAGUUGCACAGUUUCCUGAUGUGGUGAUUUGCAUUUUUUGUUGUGCUGUGUUUUUAUUGUCGUUCAUUUUUAAAUGUAACAUUUUGAUAUAUGACGCGUUUCGAGUGUCUUUUAAAUAAAUGUGUGAUAUUUGCUGUA